CCCCAAGCGGACAGGCUGACUGCUGAAUCAACAACAAACCCCUCCACACACCCCACACCCCCCCUCCAAAAGUGCUGAUGCAUCGACACCUCCAAACUGGCCGCGCGCGCCCGCAGCGCUGUGGGAGCCUGAUGACAGUUCUGCAGCGCAGCUCUCCUCCGCACGCGCGGCACUGACCCCCCCUCCCUGUCCCGCUGCCAGCAUGAUGAAGGACUGCCUGCAGUUUCUCAUCGAGCCCGCCAAGAAGCUGAAGGUCCGAUUGAAGGGCUCCCGCAGGCGCGUGACGCAGCAGGAGAAGGAGCCGCUGGUGGAGAGCCAGCUCUUCAUCAUGGAGCUGGCGCGUGAGCUGAACAGACUCUGUCAGAGGUCCAACAUCCUGGCCCACAUCUGGACCUGCGAAGACGUGUGGCCCCCCCACGUGUGCCGUGACUUCAUCGUGGACUGGGCCGCUGUGCUGGAGAGGAGGGUGCAGCACAAGAUCCUGCCGUCCGAGUUCCAGUACGAGAAGCGGGCCUGGAGGGAGCAGCUGCUCUGCAUGCUGGAGUCGGGGGGCGAGUACGACAUGGGCCCCCACAAGAGGGUCAUCAUGGACUGGACGCGGGAGAUUAGGAGCAGGACUCAGCCCCCCCUGUGGCCUGGUGAGCCCACGAUGCUGAUGCUGGACGACCUGGAGCUGCAGUGGAAGAGGGGCCGCCUGCCCACGCUGCUUCCCGCCGUGGAGCUGCUCAUGCUGGCCCUCCUGAACGCAGACGCGCCAGUGAAGGAGGACGUGACGAAGACGUGGCUGCUGAAUAAGCAGAGGAGCCAGAGGAUGGGGGCGGUUCCGUACAUCCCCCACAGCGUCUGGAACUGGAUUUGUGAAGCAGCAGAUGAGGUCACUCUGGACCCGGACUCGGCGAACCCGAACCUGCUCCUCUCCGGCGAUGAGAAGCGCGUGAGGUGCGGCCUGGAGCGCCGCCUCGUGUGUCCGUGUCCGCAGCGCUUCGACGGCUGGUGGUGCGCCGUAGGGAGGGAGGGCUACGCCUCCGGACGCCACUACUGGGAGGUGGAGGUGGGCGAGCGGGACUGGCGCGUGGGCGUGGCCAAAGCAUCAGCCGUGAGGCAGGGCUUCCGGCCCCUCAACACAGAGACGGGGUACCUGACCCUGCGCCUGGAGAGGGGCUCAGACCUGAAGGCCCUGACGGUGCCCCCAACCCUCCUGCCAAAGGACCUGGUGCCCCGGAAGGUGGGCGUGUACCUGGAUUACGAGGAAGGCCAGCUGUCCUUCUACGACGUGGAGAAGCGCUCGCAUCUGUUCACCUAUAACGAGAGCUUCUGCGAGGAGCUGUUCCCGCUGUUCGGGACUGUGGAGGUGGUCCGGGACCUGGUGGUGAGGCCCGCGGGGGUCCGGGAGCCCUGCCUCUGCCCCGGACCCUGCCUGUGGGCCUGAAGGUUCUGGUCCACCGGGCUUCCCUGCAGUGAGGACGAAGAUGUCCGGCGCCUGCUUCAGAAUCCUCUUCGUCCUUCAAGCUUCUUCAGCAAAACGUCUUCAUCAAACCAAAGCUGCUGGAAAUAUUCAGUCACGUCAUCCAUGCCCAGGUUUUUUUAAGUCAAACUUUAUUGAGAUCAAACGCAAAGACGAUGCAUGCUGAUGAGACAACAGCUCAGAUGAACAAACUGCAUCCAUGUCACACAUUUCUGGAAGCUGUCAAUCAUUUUCUGUUUUGCUAAAAUAAAAUUGGUACAAAUAUUAAAUAUGUCUGAAAGUAAAAA